GCUGUCAGUGUUAGAAGUCUCAGCUCUCAGCAGCGGCCGCAGGGAUGAAGGGCCCGACCCAUGUGCAGCUCUAUACCGGGGCCCAGAUGCCCAUUGUAGGUCUGGGAACAUGGAAGUCUGAGCCGGGGAAGGUGACGGCGGCGGUGGCCAAGGCUAUUGAGGUGGGCUACAGACACCUGGACUGCGCCUAUGUGUAUCAGAAUGAGAAUGAGGUGGGAGAGGGGAUCCAGCAGAAGAUUAAGGAGGGACUGGUGAAGAGAGAAGACCUGUUCGUCGUUAGCAAGCUGUGGAGCACCUUCCAUGACAAAUCCAUGGUGAAGGGGGCCUGCCAGAAAACCCUGUCCGACCUGAAACUGGAUUACCUGGACCUCUACCUGGUCCAUUGGCCGACAGGGUUCCAGGCUGGCGAUGCGCUCUUCCCACUCGACAACGAGGGCUGCGUAAUUCACAGUAAUACGCAUUUCCUGGAUACCUGGGAGGGGAUGGAGGAGUUGGUAGACGCCGGGCUAGUCAAGGCCAUCGGCAUCUCGAACUUCAACCGCGAGCAAAUCGAGCAGCUGCUGAAUAAACCAGGAUUGAAGCACAAGCCGGCGGUUCACCAGUUUGAAUGCCACCCCUACCUGACCCAGAAGAAACUGAUUGAUCUCUGCCAGUCCAAGGGGAUCGUGGUCACUGCCUACAGCCCCCUGGGCUCCCCAGACCGGCCCUGGGCCAAACCGGAAGAUCCGUCUCUGCUCGAGGAGCCCAAAAUCAAAGAAAUUGCUAAAAAGUACAACAAGACCUCGGCCCAGGUUCUGAUCCGGUUCCAUAUCCAGCGGAAUGUUGUCGUCAUCCCCAAAUCUGUCACCCCGGCGCGCAUUGAGGAGAACUUCCAGGUGUUUGACUUUGAGCUGUCUCCGGAAGACACGGAAGCCAUCUUUAGCUUCGAGCGCGGCUGGCGAGUGUGCGCGCUUUCCUCGGCCAAGAAGCACAAGGAUUACCCCUUCCACGCAGCGUAUUAGGCAACUCGCCGGCUGUUUCACCUCCUACUUUUCUCAUUGGUCGUGUUUUGUUACAAGGUUAUCGCUGGGGUGGACGGGGUUGAAGCUUCAUAUUCUUGGGCUGGGGGGCAAAUUCCAUGGCCUUGAUGUUAUUAAACUGCCGCUGCUCCACAGUUACCCACAUAAAGGAGUUGGUUACCUUUAAAUAAACCUUUAGAUGUUCAGAGACAGUUUGCAAUUGGUCUUCAUCUUUUAUAUUUUGCAGUUAUUCAUUUUAGUUUUUCUGUUUCUCCAGUAGCUACGUGGGUGCUAGGGGUCUGGAAUAUGAAUAGGAAAGAUAAGUAACAAAAACUAAGAAUACAUUUUUUUUUUUUAAAAAAAUGAAGACCAAUUGCAAAGUUGUAGGAGUGGGACAGUCUGUAACAUACUCAAAGGUAACGGAGGGGAACUACUUCUUAGAACCAGUUGAAAGUCACAUUGUGCCUUGUCCAGGUAGGAGAUAUAGCGGCACCUUUACAGCCCCAAUACUGAGGCCUAUGGAUCACUCCAUUCUGUACUGACUGUAACUGCCCCCUGCCCCGUGUACUGUAACUGCCCCGUAGGCAAAGCUGUGUUUGGUCUCUUAAAAAAAAAAAAUAAAAGCC